AACUUAGAAACGGAAACAAAAACAAAAAGUUUACUCUCUCUCUACGGCUACAUUUCCAAGAAACGAGACGUUUUAGCUACACAUCGUCAAAUUAGAAUCGUUAGUUCGCGCGCCGGACCACCAUGCGACGUGAGGCGUUACGGUCGAAGGCGUAGCCCGGGGAUCCCCACCUAAGCCCCCCUCCACCGUUGAGCUUUCCGAUUAAGCUCCCCCGGACCAAUCGGGACUUUAUUUCGAACCCAAAUCGUCAAGGAAACGGUUAAACCCACCGCCACGAUUGGUCGCUCCGUUUCUAUGGCGACUACCCACCCUUCGCGACCCUGUGUUUGACUACCUAAAGCUCUUGGUACUUCACAUCGGCUUGUAGUAUCUAAGUAAACAGGCUGCAAGGAGUAUUUGUUUUUCCAAUCAGUGCAGGUUUGGAAUACCUAAAGUGUUAACUUGUUUGUGAAACCGUUCGUGAUGUAAACAAUGAAACAAAACCUCCGCGACGAAGAGAACUUAAGAAGAACGGAUUGAUUGAGGUGCGCGCCGCGUAAACGACUUAAUUUUCCCCCCGGUUUGUUGUUUUGGUGAGAAGGUUUUGAAAAGUGUCAGUGUGAAGAAAAAUCAGUGAACAUGUUGGCUACUCAAAAAAUUUACCCGGACGUGAGCAGUAUGGCCACCUCGGCCAACGCUAUGACCCCCAUGACCCCCACUUAUUCAAUGAACAGUAUGGCCUGUAUGCCUACCGCUUCUAUGAACUGUUCCCCGCAAGCACCCAUGUUUAGCUCGGGCAUGUUAAGUUCCCAUGCAGAUAUGACUAAUAAUAACAUGGGAAUUAUGCCCAGGAUCAAUCAGAGGCAGCAGGGAUUAAACGAGUCACCCCAGCUCGGAUACACCGCGAUAGGAUCACCGAUUUCCCAAAUGACUUCUUGUAUGGGCACCUCCAUGUCGGGAAUCCAUGUAUCCAACUACCCGUUGGUCAGAAGUGAUUUGACCGAGGGAGACACCUCGCCCAAUUCACUGGGUAAUAGAAGAGGCACUGAGAAGCCUUAUAGGCGCUCCUACACACACGCCAAACCACCUUAUUCGUACAUAUCGUUGAUCACUAUGGCGAUUCAAAACAGCCCGCAGAAGAUGUUGACUUUAUCAGAGAUUUACCAGUUUAUUAUGGAUCUGUUUCCUUUUUACCGGCAAAACCAGCAGAGAUGGCAGAACUCCAUCAGGCAUUCAUUGUCUUUUAAUGAUUGUUUUGUGAAAGUGCCCCGGACCCCGGAUAAGCCCGGCAAAGGUUCGUUUUGGAGCUUACAUCCGGACUCCGGGAACAUGUUCGAGAACGGUUGCUACCUGAGGCGGCAAAAGCGCUUUAAAGAUGAGAAAAAGGAGGUUAUUAGGCAGCAGCACAAGAGCCCGUCGCACCACAGUAUGGAUAACAGCAACAGUUCCGGCAAGAAGACUCCGUUACACAACAACGAGGAUAAAUCUCAUCAUUUGGACAAUAUGAAGCCGACUGAUAAUAAUUUGAACAGCAUGAUGAAUUUGCACCCGAGCAAGCUGGACGUUGAUCAGAUGAACAUUUUGAAUGGGAACGAUUUGAAUAUGCACCAGCAGCACCAUCAUCAUCAUCAAAAUAUGUCGCAUGAAGAACUGUCUGCGAUGAUCAAUAGGAGUAAUCAUUUGGCGCUAACUGCUGAGCAUCAAGCGAUGUUACAUCAUGGAACGAUGAACCAUUUGAAGCAAGAACCGACGGGAUACACGCCCUCGAAUCAUCCAUUCUCGAUCACCAGGCUAUUGCCGGCUGAAAGUAAGUCAGAUAUUAAAAUGUAUGCCGAUAUGGGUUAUGGUAGUUAUAAUUCGUUGAACUCUUUGACGAAUUCCAUACAUCCCCAUCCUUCUUUGGGUAACGAAUACUACAAUAGUCCGUCUUUGUAUCACACCUCAUCGGGGACUACCAGUUUGUGACAGUAUCCUUUAGCCUAGAAACAAAUGUAUUUUUGACCUCGAAUAAAUUAAAUCAUUAUUUAAAAGCUCCGUUGCCUUGCAAAUGAUUAACUUUCGUGCAAUGAUGACCAAAGGCAAAGGGAUUUUAAUUGUAUAUAUAAAGCUUGUGUAUAUAAAAGUUUCUUUUGUAUAUUAA